AUGUCUAAAGUUACGAGAAAAGUCAAGAUUACAGUUCCAUGUUCAUCGGCAAACAUUGGACCGGGGUUUGACGUACUCGGAUUAACAUUAUCAAUGUUUCUAACGCUCGACAUUGAAUUUCUCGAGCUCCCGCAAACCAACGCCAAUACAGCCACUGACUACACAAAUGAAACAACACUCGACUACACAGGAGAAGGAAGUGAGAGUAUUUCAUUAAAACCGACAAAAAAUCUAAUUACCAAAACUGCACUUUACGUUCUCGCGUGUCACAACAUUUUUGGAUUUCCCGUCCCACUGCACAUUCACGUCAAUAAUUCAAUACCUAUGGGACGUGGGCUUGGUUCUUCGGGUGCGGCUGUUGUAGCAGGCGUUUUGUUGGGAAAUGUGGUAGGCAAUCUGAGUCUGAGUAAAGAUAGACUAUUAGAUUUUACGUUGAUGGUGGAACGACAUCCUGAUAAUGUUACCGCGGCGUUGAUGGGUGGAUUUGUUGCCUCAUAUCUGAGAGAAUUAGAACCGAAAGAUACCGAGGCCAAAAAUGUGCCGCAUUCUGAGGAGUCAAUCAGUAUUGUUGGUGGCAAUGUUUUUACUGAUAAUAAUGAUGAUGAUAACAAAGGAGAUGACAAUACGAAACCACGGACUGUUCCUUUGGGAAUUGGACAUUAUAUCAGAUUGGGUUGGGCAAAAGAGAUUAAAGCUAUCACUAUUAUGCCAAAAUUUGAGGUUGCUACUGCAACUGCGCGUAGUGUAUUACCGAAUACAUAUCAAAGGAAAGACGUUGUAUUCAAUUUACAGCGAUUAGCAGUAUUGACAACUGCACUCGCACAAUCACCUCCAGAUCCAGAUCUGAUUUUUCAAGCAAUGCAGGAUAAAGUACAUCAACCAUAUCGAAAAACUUUGAUUCCCGGAUUAUCACGCAUCCUAUCAAGUGUCACACCAAAAACACAUCCUGGUCUAGUAGGUAUCUGUCUAAGCGGUGCUGGACCCACCAUACUUGCACUUGCGACUCAUAACUUUGAUGUGAUUUCUAGUGCGAUUACUCUAGCUUUUCUUGAAGAAGAUAUCGAGACUGAGGUGAAUGUUUUAGAGAUUACGGAGAGUGGUGCCGUUGCCGAGGAAGUGCAAUUAUAA